AUGAUCGCCAAGUCCAAGGAGGGAGAGGACCGCCUCGUUAAUCUGAAGCGUCUCUUUGAACGUCUCAAGAAGUACAAGCUUAGGCUCAACCCAGCGAAACGCACAUUCGGCGCAAAGUCUGGGAAACUGCUAGGAUUUGUGGUCAGCAAACGAGGCAUCGAGGUCGAUCCCGACAAGAGACUUCGGCAGUACCCUCUCUACCACAUUAUCCGCUUGCUGUCGAAAGCGGAUCCCCUGAAAUAUCUACUUGGUAGCCCGUCCUUCAUGAGGAACAUUGCAAAGUGGCGCUGUCAGCUGACAGAGUACGACAUCGAGUACGUGUCCAGCACAUCAGUCAAAGGGCAAGCAAUUGCAGACCAUUUAGCGGAGUUUCCGAUUGAGGAUGACACACCGAUCAAUUCCGACUUUCAAGACGAAGAGAUCCUCCAAGUGGACGAAAAGGAGGAUGGGACCGCGUGGAAGAUGUACUUCGACGGUGCAGUGAAUUCCACUGGUUCUGGUAUCGGCGCAGCAUGCAUCCUUGGCCUGCCGACGGCGAUCGAUUUCAAGGUGAAGGAGGUAAAAGUGUUCGGGGAUUCAAUGCUCACAAUCUUCCAAAUUCUGGGACAAUGGAAAACGAAAGACGCGAAACUAGUACCAUACCACGAGUAUCUCGAGGAGUUAGUGAAGAACUUCAAGAAAAUCUCAUUCACAUACACGUCGCGCAUCAAGAACCAGUUUGCAGACACACUUGCAACACUGGCAUCAAUGGAGGGCACUUGA